GGUUGUGCUAAGGGGUGAUGCCUAAGACGCAUCACUUUUCAAGAACUGGAUCAUGAACAACUUGAUCCUCCUGGAAGAACAGCUGAUCAAGAAAUCCCAACAAAAGAGAAGAACUUCUCCCUCUAAUUUUAAAGUCCGCUUCUUUGUUUUAACCAAAACCAGCCUGGCAUACUUUGAGAAUCGUCAUGGGAAAAAGCGUACAUUGAAGGGCUCCAUUGAACUCUCCCGAAUCAAAUGUGUUGAGAUUGUGAAAAGUGACAUUAGCAUCCCAUGCCACUAUAAGUACCCAUUUCAGGUUGUGCAUGACAACUACCUACUGUAUGUGUUUGCUCCAGACCGUGAGAGCCGGCAGCGCUGGGUGCUGGCCCUUAAAGAAGAAACGAGGAAUAAUAAUAGUUUGGUGUCCAAGUAUCAUCCUAAUUUCUGGAUGGAUGGGAGGUGGAGGUGCUGUUCUCAGCUGGAGAAGCUUGCAGUAGGCUGUGCCCAGUAUGAUCCAACUAAGAAUGCUUCAAAGAAGCCUCUUCCUCCUACUCCUGAAGAUAACAGGCGAUCCCUGCAGGAACCUGAAGAAACCCUGGUUAUUGCCCUGUAUGACUACCAAACCAACGAUCCCCAGGAACUUGCCCUGCAGCGCAAUGAAGAGUACUACCUACUGGACAGUUCUGAGAUCCACUGGUGGAGAGUUCAAGACAAGAAUGGGCAUGAAGGAUAUGUACCAAGCAGUUAUCUGGUGGAAAAAUCUCCUAAUAACCUGGAAACCUAUGAGUGGUAUAACAAGAGCAUCAGCCGAGACAAAGCUGAAAAACUUCUUUUGGACACAGGCAAAGAAGGAGCCUUCAUGGUCCGAGAUUCCAGGACUCCGGGAACAUACACGCUCUCUGUUUUCACCAAGGCUAUUGUGAGUGAGAACAACCCCUGUAUAAAGCAUUAUCACAUCAAAGAAACAAAUGACAACCCCAAGCGGUACUAUGUGGCUGAGAAGUACGUGUUUGACUCCAUCCCUCUCCUCAUCAAUUAUCACCAACACAACGGAGGAGGCCUGGUCACCCGACUCCGGUAUCCAGUUUGUUCCUGGAGGCAGAAAGCUCCUGUCACAGCAGGGCUGAGAUAUGGGAAAUGGGUAAUCCAUCCCUCGGAGCUCACUUUUGUGCAGGAGAUCGGCAGUGGACAGUUUGGGUUGGUGCAUCUUGGCUACUGGCUCAACAAGGACAAGGUAGCUAUCAAAACCAUUCAGGAAGGGGCGAUGUCAGAAGAGGACUUCAUAGAGGAGGCUGAAGUCAUGAUGAAACUCUCCCACCCCAAACUGGUCCAGCUCCAUGGAGUGUGCCUGGAGCAGGCCCCCAUCUGCCUCGUGUUUGAGUUCAUGGAGCAUGGCUGCCUGUCAGAUUACUUGCGCAGCCAGAGGGGACUCUUUGCAGCAGGAACCUUGCUUGGCAUGUGCCUGGAUGUGUGUGAAGGCAUGGCCUACCUGGAAAAGGAGUGUGUCAUCCACAGAGAUUUGGCUGCCAGAAAUUGUUUGGUGGGAGAAAAUCAAGUCAUCAAGGUGUCCGAUUUUGGGAUGACAAGGUUCGUCCUUGAUGAUCAAUACACCAGUUCCACAGGCACCAAAUUCCCGGUGAAGUGGGCUUCCCCAGAAGUGUUUUCUUUCAGUCGCUAUAGCAGCAAGUCAGAUGUGUGGUCAUUUGGUGUGCUGAUGUGGGAAGUCUUCAGCGAAGGCAGAAUCCCAUAUGAAAACAGAAGCAACUCAGAGGUAGUGGAAGACAUCAGUACCGGAUUUCGGUUAUACAAGCCCCGACUAGCCUCCUCCCACAUCUACCAGAUCAUGAAUCAUUGCUGGAAAGAGAGACCAGAAGACCGGCCACCCUUCUCCAGACUCUUUGGUCAACUGGCUGAAAUCGCAGAAUCAGGACUUUAGUAGAGACUCACUGCCAGGCCAUGAGCUGCAGGUGACUGAAGGCAGAGUGUCCUCCUUUCAUAGAGCAUUAAAAACUGCCACCAGCCCAGGACUCCUGGAGGCAGCUUGGCCUGUAGCACUGGCCCCUGUGAUGAAUGCAGCCUCCUGACAGAGGCCUAAAGCCAGGUCACAGGCAAGGGGUUGGCCACCAAGCUGAGAGCAGGCCAGCAUAGCAGCAAUGUCACUGUGUCCUCUCCUCUCCAGCCUCUUGUCACCUGAAUGCACAGACCUUAGUCUGACGGCUUUCAGGGAGCACUUCUUGCACCUCUUAACAAUAGGCAGAGAAGGUGUAGGAGCUCAGAUUCUUAUUUUUAACAUUAAGCACGGAUCUAAGGCUAUGGUUCCGGGGAUUUUCAUUUGACCCAACCACACAAUAUACCAGUAUAUGGGGGCCAAGGAGAAUAAGAAGCA